UCGUUGCAACGCAAGUUUUUUUUUUUACAUAAAAAUGGCUGCGAUGAGUGAAUUAAAUGCGGAUUUUGAAGAUGUAAAUGGAGAGACAAUCGUGACGUUGUCAAAAAAAAAAGAGCAGAAGGACGGACCUUUGAAGGGAGUGAAUUUCAUAAAUCACAAUGAUACUAUUAGAACGAACUCUACGAUCACUACUACAUGUGUAAGUGUGCGGCUGCCAUUUAAUGGAGAGUUGUACGGCUAUGACGUAGAAAUUCCGAAUGGUCAUCAGAUAGACGUCAACCAGACUGUUAUCACGCCCAUGAGAGACGAGAUUAGAAUCAGGAUUGUCAAAAUUGGUCAAUUUACCCUUCAUGGAUAGUUUGAAUCAAGUUCAUAUGCAGACACCCUCAGAAAAUCCAGCCUACUGUGCUUUAAAUAUCGUUGUUUUUUUUUUACUGCCUUGCUAUGACUAAAAAGUGUUUUCUUCGACUUCAAGAACAGUCUCGCGGAUUUUGCAAACGGCUUCCUUAUUCUUAUUGCUAUUUACUCUAUCAAUAAAAUGUUUGAUUUCAAAAUAAAAGAAAUCACGCUUUU